AUGUCAACAAUCAUUCCCGAUUUUUACAGAAUUCGAUCCAGACAACUGAGAUCCAACAAAGCGAGUUAUCUCUGUGAUCUCUUUCUUGUCAUUGUCCUCAGGCAACCAGGUGAGCCAGCAGUUGAAAAUGGUUUGAUCCCCUACUUAGGUUGUGCUCUCCAGUUCGGGGCCAACCCACUUCAAUUCCUCCGCAGCCGCCAGAAGAAGUACGGUCACAUUUUCACCUGCAAAAUUGCAGGCAGGUACAUCCACUUCCUGUGCGACCCCUUCUCUUACCACUCAGUCAUCAGGCACGGAAGACACCUUGAUUGGAGGAAGUUCCAUUUUGCUACAUCUGUCAAGGCGUUUGGUCAUGACAGCUUUGAUCCUCGCCAUGGCCACACCACAGAGAACCUCCAUCAGACGUUUCUGAAAACACUACAGGGGGAGGCUCUUCCCUCCCUUAUUGAGACAAUGAUGGGGCACCUUCAGGAUGUCAUGCUGAAAUCAGAUACACUCAGCCCAAGCAAGGACCACUGGCAGGUGGACGGCAUAUUUGCCUUUUGCUAUAAGGUGAUGUUUGAAUCUGGUUACCUAACUCUGUUUGGUAAAGAGCUUGGUGAAGACAAGUGUCAGGCUCGGCAGGCGGCCCAGAAAGCUUUGGUGCUCAAUGCUUUGGAGAACUUCAAAGAAUUUGACAAAAUCUUCCCGGCACUUGUGGCCGGGCUGCCUAUUCACGUGUUCAAAAGUGCCUACAGUGCCCGAGAGAACCUAGCUAAGACCAUGCAUGCUGAACACCUGUCCAAGAGAGAGAAUGUGUCCGAUUUAAUCUCCAUGAGGAUGAUCUUGAAUGACUCCUUAUCUACCUUCAAUGACAUCAGCAAAGCCAGGACCCAUGUUGCUCUGCUCUGGGCCUCACAGGCUAACACCUUGCCUGCUACCUUCUGGAGUCUCUUUUAUAUGAUCAGGAGUCCAGAUGCUAUGAAAGCCGCUCACAAGGAAGUGCAGAAAAUCCUGGGAGACUCUGGUAAGACAGUUGACCCCAGCGACCCCUCACUGAACCUCACCAGGGACCAGCUGGACAACAUGCCUGUUUUGGACAGCAUCAUUAAAGAAGCCAUGCGUCUUUCCAGUGCUUCUAUGAAUGUGCGUGUUGCCAAGGAAGACUUCCUCCUUCACCUUGAUAACCAAGAAGCUUACCACAUAAGGAAAGAUGAUGUCAUAGCCUUGUAUCCGCCUUUGCUGCACUAUGAUCCUGAAAUCUAUGAGGAUCCCUAUGAGUAUAAGUUUGACCGUUUUCUGGACAACAAGGGUCAGGAGAAAACCACUUUCUACCGCAGUGGGCGGCGGCUGCGUUACUUCUACAUGCCCUUCGGCUCUGGGGUCACUAAAUGCCCGGGCAGAUUUUUCGCUGUGUAUGAGAUCAAACAGUUCUUGACUCUUGUUCUGUCUUACUUUGACAUGGAACUUUUAGACCUUGGUAUCAACGCCCCGCCUCUUGACCAGUCCCGUGCUGGCCUGGGUAUCCUUCAGCCUACGUAUGAUAUAGACUUCAGGUACAAACUAAAAUCCAGUCAAUAGGUUCUGUUGUGUUUAGACAGAGACUUAAAGUUCAUAUUGUAAAUAGUGUAUAUAUUAUACAGUUUUAAUGAAGAUCCAUAACUACAUUUGAAUGUUUUUUCUGCUUUACGUUGCUUCUGAAGAACAUAUGUUGCACACAUGUGAGGAGCCCAAGAAAAGGCUUCAGAGAAUCUAGUUUAUAGUUUGUUAAAAAUGAUAAGUAGUUCCAGUGGACAGACUGGAGACAUAUUUGAGAGACAAAUACAUUUGUAGUACUGACCAUGGGCGGUUCAUGUUUGAUCCAUGCAUUUGAUCCAACUACUGUUAACUGUUUGCCAAAGCAAAUUUCUGAGCUUUUCUAAAAUCCAAGCAGUCAGUUAUAAAAGGAAUUCACUAUGCCAUGACACUGACUUAUGAUUAUAUACAUGGUCUAAAGUAUAGGGAACAUUAACAUCAUACACAGGACCUCAGUGUCUGUCAAUAAGACAGUUCAGAAACCUUGUGCACACUGCUCAGAUUCAUUCUUACUUUUCUUCUCAGACAAAUGUAAACUCCUUCCAGGUAACCAUUGUUAUGACAUAUAUAUCAUUUUUUUGUUAAUAUAAAAAUGAAAGUUAGGUUAUCAGUUUAAAAAUUAGAGGCUUUUGGAAAGACAAAACAAAAAAAAACAAAACAAAUGAAACUUUGAUUAAAUAAAAUGAGAAAUUCUUUACUUAUCUUAACACUGCAGUGUGUUAGCAUUAGCAUUCAUCAAUGAAAUCUUUUCCCUGCUGUAUUUAUAUUCUGCUAUAUGUAAAUUGUACAUUGUGAGUUGAAGUUGCUGCAGGCAGCCUUUUUAUCAGUGAACAAAUUGCUGCAAUCAGAGUCAUUUACUGUC